GACGUUUGUGAUAUCCUAUCUAAAUAUUAUUAAUAUCUCAUAUUAGCUAUAUUCAAUUAACUCUUCAGUCGCAGUUUUGGACAUCAAGAUGAAACUCGCUUUAGUUCUGCUUUGUGUGGUAGCUGCCGUUCAGGCCCGCAGCACAGCUGUCAAAGUUAGACACCACGACCAGACGGUCCCCGCUCUAGGCGAGAAGCCUUGGGUAGUGCACCUGCGUCUAGCCAUUUCUACCAGCGGAUUCCUCGAGUCUUGCAUCGGCGCGCUUAUUGACCCCAGCUGGGUCCUAACCACCGCACACUGCGUUAGAGAUGUCCGUUUCAUCUGGAUCCGCUUCGCUGCCGUAGAGGUGAUCCGUCCCGCGCUAGUGCUCGAGACUUCGAACGUGACUCGCAACGCCGACUGGAACCCACUCACCCAUGAGAACAACAUCGCUCUUGUCAACCUGAACCGCGUCAUCGAACUCACCUCGAACAUCGCCGUGAUCCCUCUGCCCGCAGCCAACAGUGGCCUUCCCGAUCGUGCCAACUACUGCGCCUAUGGAGAAUCUAAACCCGACACCGCUGGUGAAUUCCUCCACUGCUGGGACGUGACCAUUGUUGCCGAAAACCAACAAGCCGUCAUCUAUGAAGGCGAGAAUAUCUCCGCUACUGAGUUCGACUCCGGCGCCCCUGUUGUCGGCGACGGACUGCUGGUCGGCUUACUUUCUCGGAAGGGAGAGUUCCGUGGUGACGAAGCUGUGUUCAUCCGCACCAGCGCUCAAGUGAACUGGGUGUCCGGUAUCACCGGAGUGGACUUCGGCCGCGCUGCUGCCCCGGAACAGCGCCAGGACGUCAUCAUCGUCGACAACUAAGAAACCUUGGGUGCCACGUGAGAGUAACGGUAGUCACGACAUCAUUGUUUAUUUGAACUACACUUAUGCACAUCGUGAAUAAAUGGAACAUGCCAUAAAAUCGUGACUCAUGUUACUCUCGCCGCGGAUGGACCCAGUUGAAUAAACGAUAACUUGUU